GGAAGCGCGAGAUCCGAUUCGCAGUCGCAACCGAGCGCUCUUUGCGAGAGCGCUUCCCCUCACGAGUUUGUCAAGUAUAUUCGAAGAGCUUCGAAAGUAUCGCGAAGUUGUGCGAGUGUGCGUGUGCCCGAACGAGAGAUCUCUUCUCCAUACCAUCGUCCGUGUCGAGAGUACCACUUGGAAUACAGCCAUGCCUCAGGAACAAGCGUUGGACGCGAAGAACCAGGCCGCUUCUCCGGAAGACACUGAGGACCUGUCUCCGCUUCCAACCCACGGACAGCAGCCCGUGCGACGUCGCGGCGGCAUUUCUGCGGAGCCGGUAUCCGAGGAAGAUGCCACCAGCUACGUCAAGAAGGUCGUGCCGAAGGAUUACAAGACAAUGGCGGCUCUGUCGAAGGCGAUCGCCAAGAACGUGCUCUUCUCGCAUCUGGACGAGAACGAACGCUCCGACAUUUUCGAUGCGAUGUUCCCCAUCAACUGUCUGCCCGGCGAAUCCAUCAUCCAGCAGGGCGACGAAGGCGACAACUUUUACGUGAUCGAUCAAGGAGAUGUCGAGGUGUACGUGAACAAUGAGCAGGUGACGACGAUAGGCGACGGCGGCAGCUUCGGAGAGUUGGCCCUCAUCUACGGUACCCCAAGGGCGGCCACGGUCCGCGCCAAGACGGACGUCAAGUUGUGGGGCAUCGACAGGGAUUCGUACAGACGCAUCCUGAUGGGUUCCACCAUCCGCAAGCGUAAGAUGUACGAAGAGUUCCUGUCGCGCGUCUCCAUCCUGGAGUCGCUCGACAAGUGGGAAAGGUUGACGGUGGCCGACGCCCUCGAGCCGGUCAGCUUCGAGGAUAGGGAGACCAUCGUCAGGCAGGGAGAGCCCGGCGACGACUUCUACAUCAUAGUCGAAGGAACGGCUCUGGUGAUGCAAAAUCGGGCGGAGGGUGAAGAGCCCAGCGAGGUGGGCAAGCUCGGCCCGAGCGAUUACUUCGGCGAGAUCGCACUCUUAUUGGACAGGCCCAGGGCCGCCACGGUCGUUGCAAAUGGACCCCUCAAAUGCGUUAAACUCGAUAGGGCCAGAUUCGAGAGGGUCCUUGGUUUAUGCGCGGACAUCCUGAAAAGGAAUAUUACUCAAUACAACAGCUUUGUGUCUCUUUCCGUUUAAAUUAAACCAUGGCAGGUGCUAUCAACAAUCAACAACAAAUAUAACAAACAAACAGCAACAGCAGCAGCAGCAACAA